CUGAGUACCAGAAGAUCGGCGGUUGAUAACAUUACUUUCACUCACGGGAAAAAUUGCUGAGGGCACCUGUAAAAUGAAUUGAAUGCACCUGUUAGAAAAACACCCAAAAAGUGAUCAGAAGGUGCGAAAACCCGUUAUUUUUAUGGAUUCGAUGCCUGUUACUGCACUUCACGCUCAGAAGUUGAUGUUUCUACUGGAGUGGAGGUGAUCUUCAUGUGCCAGGCUCAAGAUAUUUCAACAUAGGCCUAUACCGAUAUAGUAACAAGAAGCCUAAGAACAUGUGUGCAUCCUGACCUGUGACUGAGCAUGAAACUUUAGAUGGACCAAGUUUGACGACACCUGUUGAUACUCUGUGUGCACAUUAGCAAUUCAUAAGAAAUCUUCCUAGUGAGGUAACAGCCAGAUACAGAUAAACAUCAGUGAUGGCAUCGUCAGAAAAGAGGUUCCUGAAAGUUGUAUUGUUGGUUGUUUGCAUCGGGGUCGGUCAUGCUGAAAUUGUGUUUCAGGAGGAGCCGCAAGACACAGUAGUUGCCCUGGGCCAGGCAGUGCGAUUUCACUGCAUGGCUGUCGAUCUGCGGCCUGGGACUAUCACUAUUCAGUGGAAACACAACAAUGCCCCCAUGAGUGCCGGAGGACGGGUGGCCGUCUACCCCAACGGAACCCUUCACGUGUCUCCGACACAGAGUGGUGAUGAGGGAACAUACUCCUGCAUCGCUAGCCUGACAUCAUCUGGGGGAUUUGUCGACCAGAAGGAGAGCGUGGCAGCCAUGCUCUAUUUUGCAUUUCUGAACCCUGUGGAUUUCAUCACCGGUAAUCAGACCGUCAUAGACAAGCAGCUUGCGCCAGCUUACUUCCAGUGUGUCUCUGGUGAUAGCCGUCCCCUCCCGACCAUCACCUGGGAAAAGGAGGGACUACCAGUGAUCGAUGAACUGUCCUACGGGGAGCAGUUUGGUGGCUUCAAUUCCCUGAAGAGGUCCCAAACACUUCAGAUAAACAACGUACGCAAGAGGCACGAGGGGCGAUAUCGCUGUGUGGUGACCAACCGACUUUUAAGUGGGCAGGUUGAAAGAAGUGCAUAUUCUACACUCACAGUUAAUCCCAAUCCUGGAGAGCCUUACAUCAGCAUAGCACCCUCAAGUAAGAUUGUCCCAGCAGGUAGCUCAGCAGCAUUCCCCUGUCAGAUCCUAGGCGACCCAGUUCCCGUUGUCAGCUGGAGACGGGCCAGCAACCCCUACGACCUCUCCAACACCACCAGUUACCAAGUUCUUGCCAACGGCACCUUGUUCUUCCUCACUGUCGGAGAUGCUGAUGAUGGGAGUUACGUGUGCACUGGAACCAGCCGGCUCGGAGCGGUGUCAACUAAUCCCAUCACUUUAACUGCAGCCACCAUGGACUGGUUCUUUACAGAGAGUCCGUCCAAUGUAGAGGUAGUGGAAGACUCUGCCGCAACGUUGAUCUGCCGCCCUCCAGUCAGCAAGCCUCCUGCCAACAUCACAUGGUACAAAAACAAUGUGCCGUUUGUACCGAGCCAGGGCGCUGCUGUGCUUGACGUAGGGGAUCUUUAUUUCUCAGCUGUUAGCAAGGAGGAUGAAGGAGACUACUUCUGUGUAGCAACCAAUGACUACAUUCCUCAAAGUGUCACAUCUCCUGCAGCAACUCUUACCGUUCGAGUUGCUGCAUCCAUAGUAGUGCCACCAGAAAACAAAGAGGUCAUUCUGGGGGAGGACCUGACAUUGACUUGUGAAGCCAGGGGGGACCCCACCCCUAGUAUCAUCUGGAAGAAAGAUGCAGCAGUGAUUUCAGCAGGAGGGAGAAGGACAGUUGGAAACUCUGGUCAGCUGUUGCACAUUGGCAGCCUCAUUGGACUGGACCAGGGAACCUACACUUGUGAGGUGUCCAACACGUACGGCACAGAUUCAGCAUCAGCAUAUGUUGAUGUACUUGUUACGCCACAAAUCAUUACUGGCCCAGGAAACCUGCGUGCUGGUCUUGGGUUCUCUGUUCUCCUUCCCUGUGUCACCACAGGUGAUCCAGUCCCUACAGUCACAUGGUACAAAGACAAUGCAGAGAUUGUGGUAACGCCUGGUGACCCUCAAUACCUGAGGACUCAAGAGGGCCUAAAUAUCACACGAGUCAGGGUGCAAGACGGAGGCAGUUACCGUUGUCGGGCUACGAACAAGGCGGGGGCCAGUGAGAGCUCUGGAACACUAGUCGUAGAGACUCCACCCGUCAUCACCACCCCGUUACUCAACCAGACUGUGUACCAAGAGGCCCUGGUCUACUUCACCUGCCAGGCAGCUGGUGAGCCGCGGCCAGACCUGGUCUGGUUCUUCAACAAUGGUCCUGUGCCCAGCUGGGGCAGCAUCUCCAACCAGGGCCAAGUGCUGACCAUCGUCUCGGCCAGUGAGGUGACCGCGGGAAAGAUCACCUGCCGGGCCGAGAACAGGCGAGGGCAGGUCCUCUCCGAGGCAUACCUACAAGUCAGAGUUGCUCCAGACAUCACACCCAUCAGUGACUUAACCAUCAAUGUGGGUACAUCCUUAACUGUCCAGUGCAUCACCAGUGCCUUCCCUGAGCCUACCAUAACUUGGCUGAAGGGGCAGGAUGUCAUCAUUUCAUCCGACAGAGUCACCAUCACCCCUCCGAAUGCCCUUAUGAUUGCCUUAGUUUCUAAAGAUGAUCAAGGUGAUUACAGUUGUGUAGCUUCUAACGAUGUUGGACAGACAAGGGAGACUUUUCGUGUCUCAGUGCUUGGGAUCCCUAGUGCACCUGUUAUUCUGACCGCAGUGGCCCUAUCUGUAGAUUCUGUCAUGGUGACCUGGACAGGCACUGGGGAUGCCACCGACAUCAUGCACUACCAGCUGCAAUACAAACUGAGUGUUGCCCCAACAUGGGUUACGUUCCUGGACAACAUUCCAGCUGUCACCAGUUCCCUGGCAACCCCCCAGUCACACACUGUCUUUGGCCUGGCUGAGAGUCAGACCUACCACUUCAGAGUCUUUGCCAAGAACGUUGUGGGGACUUCCCCUCCGAGUAACGUGGCUGUGGCCUCAACACCUUCCGUCACUGGGCCGUCUGCUCCCAGGAGCUUGGCAGUGUUGUCUUUCAAUGCCACAGCAGUCACCCUGCAGUGGGAGAUACCAGCGCAGAAAAGCGGACCCAUUGACACCUACACUGUAGAAUACAAGGAGACAAGUACUAAUGUCUAUUCCACUGUACAUAUUCCUGGUGACAACCAGUACACAAUUGAAGCAGUCAUUGGAAAUCUCAAGCCGGUCACAUCCUACCAGUUCCGCGUGAGAGCUGCAACAUCAUACAAUGGACAACAGCAGUUUGGCGACUACACAGAAUAUGUGGAACAAACUACAUCACCAAGUGCCCCAAGCAAUGCUCCUGUUAACGUCAUGGUAACAGCAUCUUCAUCUACAUCACUUAUUGUGUCAUGGUCGGCGGUGCCCCCUGAGCAUCAGAAUGGGCCCAUCCAAGGCUACAGGGUGUCCUACAAGGAAGUGGGCGAUUCCACCGCACCACAGGUGAAAUCGGUCAAUGCCACCAUGUUUUCUGUGAGCCUGACGGGGCUGGCUAAGUGGCAGGAGUAUGCCCUGCAGGUGUUGGGAUUCAACAGAGAAGGCAACGGCCCCAACAGUGAUGUCAUCAUUAUCAGAACAAAGGCCGAUGCUCCUACGUUGAGUCCACAGAACGUUCAUGUCCCUGUGACCAAUCAGACGGCUAUCCUGGUGACAUGGGAGAAUGUUCCUGAAGACCAUCGCCAUGGCGCCGUGGAUGGUUAUGUGGUCACCUACCGGUCCCAAGACUCCCUGAGCCCACAGGAGCUAGACAUCCCAGGAGAUGCCAACCUCGUGUUCCUGACAGGCUUGGAAAUUGCUACUGUAUACUACGUGCAGUUGGUGGCAUACAACUUUGUCGACGGCAGGCGCCUAGAGGGGCCACCUUCAGCGGAGACAUCCAUUGCAACGCAAGAAGGAAUCCCUGGACCUGUCCAAGAUCUCAACGUCUCCGCCAUCGGACCUGACUACAUCUACCUCACUUGGCAACCCCCCUCUGAGCCCAAUGGCGUGAUCCAGGCCUAUGUCAUCACGUACAAGGCAGACCUUCCUCAGGAAGUUACCACUGACAUCCUGAGUGUUGUGACAGGGGGUGCGAGGGAUAGCUCAAGACAACGGCGAGAGGUCAUUUACAGUAACGAGACCCAUGGGCAAGUAGAGACGACAGACACAUCAUAUAACUUGACGUCACUCCAACCAGAAACAGAAUACUCCAUCGAGAUAGUGGCCAGGACAAGUGUGGGUAUGGGAAUGGAUCCUCUCAAACUGUUCCUCUCCACAGGGAAAGCUCGUUCAACCAAGUCCCCACCAUCAUGGCAGGGUACAACACCAACCAGCACCACUUCACCCCCUGCCACCGACAGAGCACCAGUUAGUCUGUUCCCUGGAGGGGUUGCCUAUCCACUGAACUCGCUCAUCAUCUUCAUCACUGCUGUCAGCCUGGCCGGCUUGGCCCUGUGUCUAGCCAUCGUUGUCCUGUUGGUCUGGUGCAAGCGCCGGAGGGAUGACAAGGCCCUCAAGCAGUCCAAUUACCUGAUUGACAAUGAUCAGAUGUGUUCGUCCAGCCAGCGCAGUGGAAGUGAUGACAUCAUCCUAGACGUGUCGUCCAGACCAAAUUCCAAAUCACCAUCUGCCGCCAGCUCUCAAAAUCCCUCCCGCCUGCCAUCAGUCUCCACCCCUACUCCCUCCCCGCCGGUGGAGUUUGCUGACCUGAGUGCCAUGGUGGACAGGCCCGUGGACCCCAACCGCCCCCGGGCAAGCUCCUCGCCGUCCAUGGACCACCGUCGGGAAGCGCAGGGUUACGCAGCGCACGGGGCCAGUGUGGCAGACCAAGGAUCCGGUACAGUCCCCAGGGCCAACGGCAGGCUGUACACACCAGCCAGGAGUCCAAGGAACCCCAAAUAUCACCCAGGCUCAUCCAGUCAGCUGGAGAGUGCUGAGACAACACCCGAUAAACUUGAGGAGCUUUAUAACAAGGUGACGAUGUCCUCAUCCAGAGGGUCCAGCAGGAUGAAACAGGACAGUCUGGCAGCCAUUGCAGUCCUGCUGGACCAAGAGGAGUCUCACAGCGACGUGCAACCGCUGGAUAGUCCAACGUCUGUGGUCAUAUCAAACCAAAGGACUACCCUAUAACGCUUCAAAGUGUGGCGACAAGUCUCAUGUGUGUACAGUUUAAGGGAAACCAUACCAGUGUGUGUACAUAAAAGUGUGGAGUGGGAUCAGAACUCAUGCGCACAUUUGUGGAGUUGGAAAUAAAUACUUUGGUCAACAUGAAAUGAGGAGACAGCUACUGUCAACCUCCAACUGAAAUCAGUCAUUUCAGCAAAGCAGAUGGAUUGCUAGUCUGAGUGGUCUAAACAAAUUUUUGGAGGGGUUGACGAUUGUUUCUAGCAUUGAAUGCUGUUAGGUAGCGACAAUUGAGUGGUGUGACCCUUGACCCAAAUUCAGUCAUGCAUGCCUGCAGAGUUUACACCAAGAAAAUGGCAGAGAAAGAGCACUGAUACUAGCUGAAUCCAAAAAAAUGUCGGGUCAUCGUAGCUUAUGACAACCGCAAUAGACCUCUCCCCUCCCCCAUUUUCCUCAAAGAAUGAUGCCAGCGUUCCAUCCAAGAUUUGCCGUCUCCAUUCCGGUCGACUGACACUGGAUGAAAUCAUGAUUCCCCCACGGGAGGGAAAAGCUCCCCUCUGGAUUUUCUGUUAUGGUUUCCAGUGAUGCGCGAUGACGGCUGCGUGUAGCGUUGAAGAGAUCGAUUCAGGAUUUAUCCUCUGGACAGGAUGCUCUGACGGCUAUUUUGGGCCCCAACAGGCGCAGCCAAAAUGGGAAUAUCCAAAGUGGUCCACUAGUCACCUGAGGACAUGACAUAGCCCACCCUGAACUUUGGAGGAAGUUGGGCACUGCAAGCUAUACACAGUGUCGUUAGUAGUUCUUGUCGAGUAGAGGGCCAUGUUCUUAAUCUGGUUUGAAGUUAGGACUCCCUACUGAUCAUGCAGACUUAAGCCCAGUUCCGUUGCUCUGCUUACCGUAAGCAUCCUGGCUUGCUGUGAUGAUGUUCUCUGCCAACAGUAUGCGUGAUUAAUCCACCCUGUUUUAAACUGAAGAUUCUGCACUGAUUGUGUUAAGCAUAAAAUUUCUGCAGUGUCACUCUCAUGCUUUACCCUAAUUGAUGUCCUCGCGCUACACAACCACAGCAUCACUGUUGAAAUCAGUGGAGAUCUAGGAACAUCACUGGUGGUGACUGCUGCUCUGGGCCCUUGGCAACUUCACCGUUAUAUCGGACAGACUUUCUUUUACAGUCUGUCGUACAAUUUGUUCUAAAAGCCAGGGAACAUGGAAGAAAUAUCAUUCAACAUGAAUAUUAAAUCUGCAAUUCAAGCUCGUCUCUUUGCUACUUGAUGUGGGAAUUUCAUUGUACAUUAUUGUUGUACAUUAUGAUAUUCUGGCUGUACAUGUGAAGUAAAUGUACGCGUAUUCUUAUUUGAAAAGUUUUACUCAGUUAAUAAGGCAGGAGCAGUGUUGAAGAACAAAGUAAAGAGUCAGAUUAAUGCAGGUCCAGCUUUACAUCACAUGCCAUUUGCAGUUUUAUUGCUUCUGGAAGGGUACUGUAAUAUUUAUUUUAAUCACACUUUGCUUUGAAUUACAUGUAUUCCGGUUUGUUGUUCAUUUGCUAAUCAGUAUUUGAAUCACAUUUAUGCUUUCUGCAUGUUGGUAAAGCCUUCUUAGAUAUCUGUAGCAUUUUUAAAACAAAUGCAACAAGUGACUCAAAAAUUGUGAACAAUUUUGCUGAUGUACUUGCUGUAGUUUCGUCAAAAGUUUUAACCUUUUUUUUAACCAAACAACUCUUGUAAUGGUUAGGUACAUGUACUUAGAAUUUUUAUAUGUGUGUGUGUGCUUAAAAAAUUGCUUUCAGUAGAAUUUAAGGGAGAUGGCAACUUUGAAAUUUAAACAAAGGCGGCUUCCUCAUCAGGUUAUAGUACUCUGUGGCUAAGGCUUUGAUUUUACAUUACACGGGGAAUUGUAGUAGCUAUAGGCAAUCUGCCUCGAGCAGAAGCACCCCGUCAUCAGUUGAAAAAAGCCACAUUAGUCAGGGGCGUUCAUUUUGUUGGCAGUUAUGCAACUGUGAUGCAUGCAUUAACUAGCCAUUCCUGAACCGGUGAAGUUCAGGUCUGACCAAAGGAGUCUCCGUUGCUAAAGAAAACAGCGCCCUCUCUUGGUCCAGCUCAAGCCCCAUAAUGCCUGAUUUGGAUGUGGCCUUUUUCUUUAAUUUUGUACGAAUUUGUUGCUUGGAUGGCUCUGGUGGUGAUUUUAGCAGUGUCGGUACAUUAAAUCAAACAUAAAACCAGUUUUCUCCACUAUGCAACAUGACCAAAGAGGCGGAUCUGGCUAUAAAAAUGUGACAGUUGAGUACCACUCAUAUUGCAAACCUUUCUACCUCUGUACUCAAUAGCAAUACGCAACAACGAUGCACUGUUUCGAAUUUCUAACCUUCCCCCUCAAGACGUUUUCUCCAGCCUUGUAGAUCCAUGGUUGUAAGGUUUCGUAUUUUGAAUGCCACUUUCUGCCUUUCAAUUGUGCCUCAAAAUGUGCCUUAUAUUGUAAAAUGAACCAAAAAAAUCAAUUUCAAAGCAGAAUAUAUGGGCAACCUGCACAUGUACCAACUUAAACAGUGACGUGAUGAAUACAGAUAUUGUCAAACAUUGUGGAUUCGACGCUUGGGUUUGUUUCCCCCUCGUGGAGACACAAACGGGGCUGUUCACAUUUAAAGCUAAAAUUCCGGGGAAUGUUACUGGUCAACUGUUUUGGUUGUGGGUCACUGGUUUAGUACAUGCACUUUGGUGAUUCGUCAUUUUUACAAGUGUCAUUGGUCCCUGGACCUGCUUGCUGUUACCACCUCAAAACAACUGGUAUCAUUUCAGUAGCAAACUAUACGUUUAAGUUCAUGUGAUAUGUAGACAGUCGGUGACUGGUUCCCGGUUUCUGCUGUGCUUAUUUUAUGUAAUUGAUAUUCUCCUUGGCAGUUACAUUGACCUAAAAUUUAGUCAAGUAAGCUGUUGCCUUUAUAUAAUUGAAAAAUUGUGUGUGCUUGCUUUUCUUGGCAUCUCACUGUCCCUAACAGCCAAGGGUUCAAUGGCAGUAAAUACACUAUAUAUUGGUCAACAGAAAAUGAACACUGGGGCUCAAAGACAGCCCAAAAGAACCUAAGUACAUGUGACUUGAGGGGCUGAGGUUACAGGUGUUAUUAAUAUGCAUAUUUCCCAGGAGGUGUAUUUUCAAGGUGUACAUAAAAGAUGUACAUAGAGCUGUUCUUUUGUAAAGCAACAUUUUGUACUGCAUAUUUUUCAACUUGAAAUGCAUGCAAGAGGACUGAUAAAGCAAAUAGUGUGUGUCUGGAUACACAACAAAUUAGGUAUUUUUUUAGGGGCCAAAUGUUGUGUGUUUUGCAUAAUUGGUUUUUGUUUUGAUGGUACAUGGAAGUGUUUUGUUGCCAUAAAUGCAACUGUGUUCCAAAUACUACGUGCCUGUUUCAGGAACUUUGCCAGGAAGUAAGUUUGUUUGCUGAUAUGUAUUCCUUUGUAGUUUACUCACGUAGUUAAGUGCUCAAACAAGGCUGCUAAAAAGAAGUAGGAAUGAGAUAAUAAUAGUGUGCACCAUUUUGCUUUGGGCAGCAGUGUUUGGCACCUCUAAAUGUUAAUAUUGCUUUCAAAUUACAGUUUUUUACUCCUGUCGUGUUUUCCAUGAGUUUUGUAAUAAAACAAGUGUAAGAAAUAUCACAA